AUGAGCUCCAUCGAGGAAUCGGAUUCUUGGCAACUUAGAACUGCAAGAAAGAGAGAAGAAUGCGCCAACAGAAUCCCGUCCGAAUGGAAAGUGUCGCAAAAUUUCAUGGCCAAGUUCGAUGCCCCAUUGUCAGAUCAUAAACAUGACCUUAUUCGAAGCAAGGCGAUUCGUGAAUCAGGGAUUUUGACAGACCACGAGAUAAAGAUUACUGAAGACUAUACAGUCUCUGAUCUGAUCUCUGCAUUAGCGAAGGGGAGUCUCUCUUCGGUCGAGGUGACCCUAGCUUACUGCAAACGUGCAGCUGUGGCACAACAGUUGGUUUCUUGCCUCGCUGAAACCAUGUUUGUUGAGGCCUUGGAGCGGGCUAAACAUCUAGAUGAUCUACGAGCUCAAGGAAAACUAGCAGGUCCGCUCCACGGUCUUCCCGUUAGCAUCAAGGACAACUUUCAAUUCAAGGGACGAGAUGCAAGCAUCGGCAUGGUUUCUUUCAUCAAUGAUGUAUGCACUGAGAACUCCGCUCUUGUAGAUAUUCUUUUGAAACUUGGCGCUGUACUCUACGUGAAGACAAAUGUGCCCCAAACAAUGAUGACGGCUGAUUCUCACAAUAAUGUAUUUGGGCGCACUUUGAACCCUUGGAAUACCACACUGGGCCCCGGUGGCUCCAGUGGGGGAGAAGGUGCCUUGAUCGCCCUCCGAGGGUCACCUCUUGGAUUGGGGACAGAUAUCGGGGGUUCUGUCCGGAUUCCAGCUCACUGCUGUGGAAUCUACGGUUUCAGACCUAGUGCUUCCAGAGUUCCCAAUGGUGGAAUGCGCGUCUGCACCACGCCUGGCAUGAAGUUUUUGCUCUCUUGUAUUGGUCCACUGUCAUUGGAUCUGGGUGGAAUCGAAACCUUUUUCCAAUCACUUUGUGGAGCUCGCCCUGCAAACUAUGAUUCCAGUAUUCUUGAUGUUCCAUGGAGACAGGUUGAUAAAAAACCAGUUCUCAGGAUCGGUGUUGUUCCUGAGUCAGCUGUUUUUCCUCUCCAUCCACCAAUUCGGAGAGUUUUGAAUGAAGCAAUCGUCUCGUUGAAAGCCCAGGGCCACCAGAUAAUCUUUUUGGACGAAAAGGAUUGCCGUGUUUUGGAGGUGAAUGAGGUAGCCUGGGGGAUUUUUAGCCUUGACCAACAUUCCAAGAAGCUCAUCGCGUCGGCAGGUGAACCUGUCGUGCCGGCUAUUGGCCAUAUUGUGAACCAAUUUGAGAAACUGGGGCAAAUUAUCACACCAUCCUUACCUGAUAUGAGCGCUCUGAGUCUAAUGGAGAAGCUGGCUCUGCUCAAUGUACGAAGAGCGGAGCUGCGAGAAGCUUAUCGAAAGCUGUGGGUGCUGCAUGAUCUUGAUAUCUGUGUUGCACCCCCAGCUCAAAAUACCGCAGUGCAGCAUGAUAUGUUUGGACUCGCUCCUUACACUACCUUUUUGAACUGCUUGGAUUACCCAUCGUGCAUUCUUCCAUUUGGGGAAGUGAGCGACCAGGAUUCCGGACAGACUUUCGAGCUCAAAGCAGAUCAAGUCGCGCCCGAAUACAACUUCGAUCAACUCAAAGGCACACCAUGCUCCAUUCAGCUGUUCACGACCACCAUGCGGGAUGAGGAAUGCUUGCAGAUGGCAAAGCAAAUCGACCAGUGUCUGAACCGUCCAACACAAGGCUUGGCGGAGAGAGCAUCCAACAUUUAG